UGCGUGGUGGAGGGAGCGUAAUGCAUCCUUCUGUUUGCUCUUUAGGUCUGUCAGCAGCCAAGUUGCUGUUUGACUCGGGAUUGAGUGUUGUGGUCCUGGAAGCCCGUGACAGGGUUGGAGGCAGAACAUUCACGGUCAGAAAUAAGCAUGUCAAAUAUGUGGACCUGGGAGGGGCAUACGUGGGGCCAACACAAAACCGUGUCUUGCGACUAUCUAAGGAGCUGGGACUAGAGACCUAUAAAGUGAAUGAAGUAGAACAUCUCAUUCACCAUGUCAAGGGCAAAUCUUAUCCGUUCAAAGGCCCUUUCCCUCCAAUGUGGAAUCCCAUUGCCUAUUUGGAUUACAACAAUUUGUGGAGGACAAUGGAUGAAAUGGGGAAGGAGAUUCCCAAUGAAGCGCCAUGGAAGGCGCCCCAUGCAGAGGAAUGGGACAAAAUGACUAUGCAAGAAUUGAUAGACAAAGUGUGCUGGACAAAUGCUGCCAGGCGAUUUGCUACUCUGUUUGUCAAUGUCGAUGUUACCUCUGAGCCCCAUGAGGUCUCCGCUCUGUGGUUCCUGUGGUAUGUUAAACAGUGCGGUGGGACAUCCAGGAUAUUUUCAACAACCAAUGGAGGCCAGGAGAGGAAAUUCAUUGGAGGUUCUGGCCAAAUUUGUGAGAAGAUCAUGGAAUAUCUAGGAGAGCUGGUUAAACUAGAGAAGCCUGUUACCUCCAUUGAUCAGACUGGUGAAAGUGUCAUUGUGGAGACACUGGAUCAUGAAACAUACGAGGCCCGGUAUGUUAUUAGUGCCAUCCCUCCAGCACUUUGCAUGAAGAUUCACUUUAACCCACCGUUGCCUUCCAUGAGGAAUCAGUUGAUCAGCCGGGUUCCUAUGGGAUCAGUCAUCAAAUGCAUAGUAUACUACAAGGAAGCAUUCUGGAGGAAAAAAGAUUAUUGUGGCACCAUGAUAAUUGAAGAUGAAGAUGCAGCUAUUGGUUUGACACUAGAUGACACUAAACCCGAUGGAAGUUUUCCAGCAAUAAUUGGUUUUAUCCUUGCUCGGAAAUGCAGAAAAUUAACUCACCUCACCACGGAGGAAAGGAAAAGAAGGAUCUGUGAGCUCUAUGCAAAGGUGUUGGGAUCCCAGGAAGCCUUGCAUCCAGUGCACUAUGAAGAGAAGAACUGGUGUGAAGAACAGUAUUCUGGGGGAUGCUAUACAGCCUAUUUCCCACCAGGGAUAAUGACUCAGUUUGGAAGGAUAAUUCGUGAGCCAGUUGGGAGAAUCUUCUUUGCAGGCACCGAGACGGCUUCAGAAUGGAGCGGCUACAUGGAAGGUGCAGUGCAGGCUGGAGAGAGAGCUGUCAGAGAGAUAUUGCACUCAAUGGGGAAGAUUUCGGAAGCAGAAAUUUGGAAGCCAGAACCAGAAUCACUCGAUGUCCCAGCCCUGCCAAUCACUACCACCUUUUGGGAAAGGAACUUGCCUUCUGUACCUGGACUCCUCAAGUUGUUUGGCUUCUGUGCUCUCUUGACAUCAGCGACUGCAGUUGGGCUCUGCACAUUUAAACGGGGACUUCUGGUGAAAAACUGAAAAUCGAUCUGAGAAUCUAAUAAGAAUUGGCAGAUGUGUGUGCAUUUUCACUAUCGUUUUACUCUUGCCCAGGUAGUGAUGAAUGCAAUUCUCAAUUAUCCCAUGUAUUUCUCCUAUGAAACUUUAUCUUGCAAAAGGGUCCAAUAUGUAUUUCUGAGGCCAGUACAAAGUGGGCUGCUGUUGUUAUUAUUAUUAUUUUGGUUAUUUUUUUAAAGUGGUCUGGUGGAGCCCAGUGUAUUGCCAUGACAUUUUCCUUUUUUACAAAAAUCAACUACUAUGUUGAUCUCACCACAGUGGCAAAGCAAAAAUCAUUGCACAGUGGGAGAAAAGUAGUUGAUCGAACAUUUCCAUUGCCUCCAAAUGUUUUGGGAGAAUGAUAAUUAAAUGAAGAGAUUAUACGAGAGAAUAAAUUCCAGGAUCAACAUUCUACACAAAUUUAGGGGUCUAUUUCUUCAGAAGUACUUUUUGGUUUCUGUUCUUGGGGUUUAUUUUUUUGCAGAGAUUGGGGUUGUCAAAAAGCUGGAAGGGGUCUCUUUUUUUUGAGGAAUUCCACUCCAUGGCACAUUUUCUAGAACCCAUAGGCAAACUACUAUUCGACCAUGUGUUAACUCCAAGAAUGCAAGAGCAGUUACACCUGAGUGAACCCAACAAAUGAAAACACACAUUUUUAAGGCUUGAGUUAUGUGUUUGCAAAUAUUUUAUUUUACAUGGCCAAGCCUUAACCUGGUCAUUAAAAAUACUAGGACCAGAUUAAAGUGUGCAAGGGGGUUGGGGGGCAUUGAUGCUGUUGGGACUCCUGGUUAGACACCCUCCCCCUUGUCACUUCCUGCCUUUGACUUGUGGCAUUAUGAAGAACUAGGAAUGGAGGAAAAGUGUAAAUCACUACACACUCAGAUUUGGACUUUCUGAAACAGUAUAUGAAUCGAAGCACAGUUCCCUGCAUUUUUGUGGUGCACUUGUCCAAUCAAGCAAUGUUCACAAUAAUGCAGAUAUUAGGAGGAAGAUAUUAGUAAAAAA